AUGGCUCCAAAGGACACCUUCUUCCGCUCGGCGGAUAUGAGCUUGACCCAGCUCUAUAUUGCGAAUGAAAUCGGCCGGGAAGUUGUCAGCGCCCUGGGAGAGAUCGGGGAGGUGCAAUUCCGAGAUCUCAACCCCGAUGUCAAUGCUUUCCAGAGGACGUUCACCAAAGAGAUCCGCAGGCUCGACAAUGUGGAGAGACAGCUGCGUAUGGAGUACCCUUUUGUUGUUCCCUCUCUCUCUUCUUUUUUUUUUCUUCGAGCAGGACUUGAAGCUGACCCGGUAUUUGGGACUCCUGCAGGUUACUUCCAGUCCCAGAUGGAGAAGGCGGGUAUUCCGAUGAGGCCGUCGUCCGAGUUUGCCAACAUCCUAGCCGCUCCGUCGGCAGCGGAGAUUGAUGAGCUGGCCGAACGCAGUGACAGUCUUGAGCAAAGGAUCGCGUCUUUGAAUGACAGUUACGAAACGCUGAAGAAGAGGGAGGUCGAGCUCAUUGAAUGGCGAUGGGUUCUGAGAGAAGCUGGUGGUUUCUUCGAUCGGGCCCAUGGCCAUACGGAGGAUAUUCGGCAAUCCUUUGACAAUGACGAGGCCCCUCUGCUCCGAGAUGUAGAACACCAGGUUCCCCGUGGUCAGAACGGGGACGCUCAGGGCCAACAAUCAUUUUCCGUCAUGAACAUUGGCUUCGUGGCCGGAGUCAUCCCCAGAGACCGGAUUGGAGCUUUUGAGCGUAUCCUGUGGCGUACAUUGCGAGGCAACCUUUACAUGAAUCAGUCAGAAAUCCCGGAGCCGAUUAUUGAUCCGACGACCAACGAGGAGGUUUACAAGAACGUCUUUGUGAUCUUUGCCCACGGUAAAGAGAUUUUGGUGAAGAUCAGAAAGAUUUCUGAAUCUCUGAAUGCCAGCUUGUACAGCGUCGACGAAAACAGCGAACUGAGAAGGGAUCAAAUCCACGAAGUCAACACGCGGCUCAGCGACGUGGAGAGCGUCCUGCGGAAUACCAAGAACACCCUUGACGCCGAACUCACGCAGAUUGCGCGCUCCCUCGCUGCCUGGAUGAUCAUCGUCAAGAAGGAGAAGGCCGUUUAUCAUACCCUCAACAAGUUCUCCUAUGACCAGGCGAGGAAGACUUUGAUCGCAGAGGCGUGGUGCCCGACCAACUCUCUGCCAUUGAUCAAGUCUACCUUGCAGGAUGUGAAUGACCGCGCUGGUCUAUCUGUGCCCACCAUCGUCAACCAGAUCAAGACGAACAAGACCCCUCCCAGCUAUGUCAAGACGAACAAGUUCACCGAAGCCUUCCAAACGAUCAUUAACGCCUAUGGUAUCACGAAAUAUUCCGAAGUCAAUCCCGGCUUGCCCACAAUUAUCACGUUCCCCUUCCUUUUCGCCGUUAUGUUUGGUGACUUUGGCCAUGGUCUCUUGAUGACCCUUACUGCCGCUGCAAUGAUCUUCUGGGAGAAGAAACUUGCCCGAACCAAGUUGGAUGAACUGACUUACAUGGCAUUUUAUGGCCGCUACAUCAUGUUAUUGAUGGGCAUCUUUUCCAUGUACACGGGCUUGAUCUACAACGAUGUCUUCUCGUUAUCGUUUACUCUCUUCCCCAGCCAGUGGAAGUGGCCUGAGAAUAUCCGCGAGGGACAAGCUGUCGAGGCGUCACUCAAGGAUGGCUACCGUUACCCGUUCGGAUUGGACUGGAACUGGCACGAGGCGGAGAAUGCUCUCCUUUUCACCAACAGUUUCAAGAUGAAGCUGAGUAUCUUGUUGGGCUGGGCUCACUAUAUCAAUGCGCGACACUUCAAGUCCAAGGUUGACAUUUUUGGCAAUUUCAUCCCUGGAAUGAUUUUCUUCCAGUCUAUCUUUGGAUAUCUCGUCGUCACCAUCGUUUAUAAAUGGUCUGUCGAUUGGAACGCGCGUGGGGAAUCCCCUCCUGGUCUUCUUAACAUGUUGAUCUUUAUGUUCCUGAAUCCCGGCCAAGUUGAGCAGGAACUCUAUCCUGGACAGGGCGGGGUGCAGGUUAUCUUGCUGCUUUUGGCUAUCGUGCAGGUUCCAACUAUGCUCCUCCUCAAGCCGCUUUGGCUUCGCUAUGAACACAAUCGCGCUCGAGCCCUCGGAUAUCGAGGCAUUGGGGAGCAAGAAAGAGUGAGUGCGCUGGAUGAGGAUGGUGAUCUGGACGGCCGUCCAUCUGAGGGCCGCGACAGCUUGGCUAGUGAUGGAGAGGGCGUUGCGAUGAUCGCACAGGACCUCGACGAAGGCGAGCAUGAGGAAUUCGAUUUUGCGGAUAUCAUGAUCCAUCAAGUCAUCCACACUAUCGAAUUCUGUCUCAACUGUAUUUCCCACACCGCGUCGUACCUCCGUCUUUGGGCCCUGUCUCUCGCUCACCAGCAGCUUUCCAUCGUCCUGUGGAAGAUGACCCUCGGAGGCUCCUUCGAGACCGAGUCACCGGGUUUGCGGGUCGUGAUGAUCGUGUGCACGUUCUACCUCUGGUUCGUCCUGACCGUGUUCAUCCUGUGCGUCAUGGAGGGCACCAGCGCGAUGUUGCACUCGCUGCGUCUGCACUGGGUCGAAGCCAUGAGCAAGCAUUUCAUCGGCGAUGGGAUUCCGUUCCAGCCUUUCAGCUUUAAGACCCUCCUGGAGGAGAAUCCGGUAGAUUAG